AUGGCUGAUAAUGUUACCGCAGAAGAUAUCAGAAACUUCUAUCUAGAUGGCAGAGCGUUAUAUAGACAGAUGGUAGUUAACAGCGGUAUGGAUUUAGUGGCAUGCAUAUAUGCCAUCGCACUAUGGAUUUCCCUGGAAGGAAUGGGGUUUCCAAAUCUUAUUCAGAAGCUCCUAAGAACCCAUGAUAUGGUGGUAAACAUGAUCCUGGAUGAAGCAGUACUCUGUUUUCGAUGGCUUCAGUCAGUUACCCCGCCUGCACCCGUAAGUGAGUCUGAUAUGCCAUUAACUGAAGAGUUUAUGGGUGGAAAACCAAUAAAUUUGUUACUGGUAUAUAAUUACAGGAUGGAUCUGUUAGCAAAAGUGAAUCAUAGAGUUUUCGAAUCAUUUGUCACCGCUUUUGAUGACAUCAUCCAAGAAGUUUCUGGCAUGAGCUUUGCCCAGUUGAAUAUUCAGCCUUUGAUACCAGAUCAACAUGAUUGCCAUGUGUAUCCUUAUCACUACCCGCAACAGGAAGCGCCUGUUGUUGGCGGACCCUCGGUAUAUCAUUCUGUUUUUCAAUGCAAACCACUAUAUGGUUUGAAGAGAGCUGAUGGUGUCCUCAUCGGAAUGUAUCACGUCUUUAAGCCUUCAAGGAUGAUGUAUACUGGUGGUUCUGCAUCAUCCGUACCGAUGAAUCUUCCAAAUCACACACUGCCCGUUGAGGAAGAACGUCUUUCAGAUAUCAAGCGUUCAAUAUUCUUUACGUUUGAUCGAGAAAAUCCCGUUCAACAAAGAGAACUCGAAGGUUUUCUAGAGAGAUCUUUUGGCGAGGGCUGUAUCCUGCAAGUUACGAUGCAGCAAGUUCCUGACGAUGAGCAGCCAUUAUGGGCAUCCGUUGUCUUGUAUUCUGAUAUCCCCGUCCUUGAAAUCAUGGAAGGAAGAGAAAUAGCACCGAUGACUAUAAACGGGAAGAAAGUUUGGGCUGGGAAAGAAUGGAUGUGA